GGAGGCUUGCUUUCAAGACUCGGAGGGAAAACAUGUAAACUAAUGUCAGAACAGUCGGGCAUCCAGCAGUGCUAAUAUAUGGUAUCUACGACAACGAACUUGUGACGAUUUCAAACACAACACGGGAAGAUGUCGAUGUUGAAUCAAGCUGCGGUGGAGGCCCUCUGCUCUGCUACAUAUCUAGAGAAUUAUUUGGACACGAUGGAAAAUUUGCCGGACGAUUUACAGAAGAUCGUUACUCAGCUUCGCGAACUAGAUAUUCAGUGUCGAGACAUUCUCCAAGACAUUGACAACCACCAGGAAGUUUAUUGUAAGGAACAAGAGGGACCAACAAAGAAAAAAGCUCUUUCAGCCAUACAGAGGGCACUCAUCAAAUGUCAGGAGAUUGGAGAUGAAAAGCUCCACCUUAUGGCCCUGAUUAUAGAACAUAUUGAUAACAGGGGGAGACAACUGGAGCAAGACAGAGAAAAUCUAGAUCCUAUGUUUGGAAAAGAAACAGAAAAAGAAGAAAAGGUGACAACAUCAUCAGCAACUACAACAUCUAACUCAACAACAACGACAACAUCUAAACCUGUUAUGCAGCAUACAGAACCAAAACCUGAGAAAGUGGCUGUGAAGCGACAGCGACGCCAGAAAACAAGUGACACUGUCAUUAAAGAAGAAGAAAAGAAGCAAGAAGAAAAGGAGAAAGUGCCUAAGAAGAAGAAGAAACGUAAGACAAAGAAAGAGAAGGAUCAAGCUCCAACAUCACCUAUUGAGCCUCCAAUUGAUCCAGAUGAGCCAACAUAUUGUCUAUGUGAUCAGGUGUCAUAUGGAGAGAUGAUUGGAUGUGACAAUGAUGCUUGUGUCAUCGAAUGGUUCCAUUUUAACUGUGUCAAUCUUGUCAACAAACCCAAGGGCAAGUGGUACUGUCCGAAUUGUCGCGGGGAUACAAGCAAAGUCAUGAGGAAAUUUGACAAAUGAUUGUUUUAUUGAUAUUUUUUGGAGUAUGAUGAAAUUAUAUUUAUGUUAUUUUCUGCUGAAUUGAUACAAAGAUGAAAGGUGUGUGUGUGGUUGAACUCACUCUGCCACAACUGAUCAACACCAUGAGUGCUCAGCAUUUUCCUUCCAAGCAAUGAAAUAUGUGUUCUAGGAUCUCAGCUGGUUGUAGCUGCCUUACGUUAAAAGUCAAAUAGGGCCUGGAUGUGAACUAGCUAUUUAUAGUGCUGCAUAUGAUGGACGCCACAGUGGCCUGUUCAUGGAGAGAUUACUUGGCUAACCUAUAUGAAAUUAUAUAUCAUAUUACUUGUUUCUUUGUUAAUUGAUAUAUGUUCAACCAAUAAAUGUGGCAACAGAAUUUUUAUCAUAGAUGCCCAUGCCCAAGUGCAUAUAAAAUUAUGAACAAGAACAAUUAUUUAUGAAUGAGUACAAUGCCUAGGGAUUGAACCAGGUUUCAUGGGCUCAAAUAGAUUUAAGAUUGAUGAUUUGUAUUUCUCUGUGCAUGAUAUAACAUGUACACAUGUCUGGGCUCUUUGAUGAAUCAGUGGA